GCUGAGCACGCGUCGCCGGCUCUGCUCGCCUCGCCGGUUGAGUUGCCGCCUCCACGGCCCUGUUAAUCUGCGCCCGGACGUCCUCCACGGAAGAUCCAUCCCGCUAGGAAGGGUUUCAGAUCGACGGGGAGAAAACCCACUGCUUACCGGCGGCCUGCGCUGGUAACGGAGCGAGCUCUGAGCUGCCCCUAGCCAAGAAGAGUCCAAGUUCCAUAACAGGAUCCCUGUAGGUACCAGUGCCAGCACGCGUCGGUUUGUAGUGGGAUUUACUUUGAUUAAUCCUCAUUUCAGGGACGGCAACAAAUCUAUCUCUUCACUGCUAGUGCAUGCACACGACUCUUGUCACAGUGCAAAUCUAGCUCUCCACUGGCAGUACAUUGAAGACAGCAAGUCUAGCUCCAAGUUGAAGGGCGCGAACAAACAAAUAAAUGGCUGGAGGUGGGACUGUGCAGCUGUGGACCGAUUCAGGGAUCCAAAUCGUGGUCGUCCUGAGCUUCACAUUUCAAGUUUUCCUCUUCUUCUUUGCUGGGAUCCGUCGGCGUAAUGCCUCUCCUGUGCUCAAUCUCCUCCUGUGGUUGGUGUACCUUCUUGCUGACUCCACGGCGAUCUACGCCCUCGGUCACAUGUCGUACACCAGUCCAUCAGGGAAGCACCAGCUCGUGGCGUUCUGGGCACCGCUCCUGCUGGUGCAUUUGGGUGGUCCAGACAGCAUUACGGCCUACGCAGUUGAGGACAGCCGGCUCUGGCUUCGGCACCUGCUCACGCUUGUCGUGCAAACUCUGGGAGCUGGAUAUGUCCUCUACACAUAUGUUGCCAGUGCCAGUAGUACUGGGAGUUUGAUUCUUGCAGCCUCCGUCUUGAUGUUCACCGUUGGUGUCCUCAAGUAUGGUGAGAGGACAUGGGCGCUGAGAUGUGGCACCACGGGCGGGAUCAAAAGUAUUCGCGGACUUAUUCAAUAUUCAGAUUCUAAUUCUUCUAUGGAAGAGGCUGUGAAGAAAAAAUUGCGAAAUCAGAAAGAGGAUAAUGAGGAGGAACUUCUCAUUUUAGCUCAUCUCUUACUUAGUAGAUGCGUUGACGCCUUUGCUGUUUACCCUGGAUGGACUCAGCAUGGCACUUCUGAUUUGUAUCCUCUACAAGGGGAUGAUAUGUACAAGUUGAUUCAGAUGCAGUUAUCCCUGAUGUACGACAUCAUUUGGGGCUGUGGUCUUGGAGAUCAUGUCGGUGGUGGCAACUAUAGGUUCUACAUGGAUGUGUGCCUGGCUAUGCAGCUUCGAAAUGACCACUAUGCUUGGAACUGGGCUCAAAUUCCUUCGCCGCCUAGUCGCCGCAACAAGCAAGAGAAGGUGGUCGAGCUCCAUUGGGCAGUAUAA